AAAGCGCGCCCCACCGUCCGCCUCAUGGGGUAGGCUCGAUCGUAUAUAUACCGAUUCUCAAGGUAAACCAAUAGAGUAAAAACAGUUCCGGCGCCUUAGCUAGAGGAACGGCCAUCCCAGCCCCAUCAUGCGAGGGAUCUGGAGCCAAGUGAUUACCUUAGCGGUAAUUCUGCAAGUCGCUCUAGUAACGGGAAAGGCGUUAAUACAACAAAAUCAACAAGCACAGCAGCAGUUGGAGCCGCAAAAUCAAAAUGCACAGGCAGCACAGAAACGCAUCGGGUACGACUAUCCUGCGCCUCCUAGCGACCUAGUGAAUCCUUUCCAGGAGCACGGGGAUCUAGGCCACGAUGUGAUCGAGCACGAUCACCACGAUCACCACGAUUACCACGAUCACCACGACCACCACGACCACCACGAUCACCACGACCACCACGAUAACCACGAGCACCACGACAUUCACGACAUCCAUGACCACCACGAAGAGCAUCACGUUGAAGAACACCACGAAGAACAUCACGACCAUCAUGACCAUCACGAUCCAGGAUAUUGGAAAAAGAAAUUAAUCUGGAAGCCAGGAUGGAAGAAAAUAUGGAAACCGGCAAAGAAACAAAUAUGGAAACCUUCAUGGAAAAAGAUUUGGAAACCCAUUUGGGUACCGACCAAAAUUCCGGUAUGGAAGGAAAUCAAAGUACCGGACUGGAAAAAAAUCUACAAACCUGAGUGGAAGCCCAUAAAGGUGCCCGCAUGGAAGGAAGUGAAAGUACCGGAUUGGAAAAAAAUUACCGUUCCUGUGUAUAAAGACAUAGUCGUGCCAGGGUGGAAGGAAAUACAAAUACCCGCAUGGAAAAAGAUUUGGGUACCGGAAUGGGUAAAAGUUGGUGUUCCCGGGGAGAAAUACCUAGGCAAGGAUCACGAUGGAUGGGAAUACACAUCGCAUGAUUUGUGGAAAAAGAAACUCGUUUGGAAGCCAGUAUGGAAGAAGUACUGGAAGCCGGGUAAGAAGCAGAUCUGGAUACCGGACAAGAAAUUGGUAUGGAAAGACGAGUGGAAGCAAAUCUGGAAGACAGAAAAGAAACAAAUCUGGAUCGAUGACAAGAAAUUAGUUUGGAAAGAAGCCUGGCAACAGAUAUGGAAGCCAUCGAAGAAACUCAUAUGGGUGCCUGACAAGAAAUUGGAAUGGAAGGAAGCUUGGAAACAGAUCUGGAUUCCGGACUGGAAGCAAAUAUGGGUUCCGGGAGUGAAGAAGAUCUGGAGGCCAGUGUGGAUAUCCGAGUGGUUCCCGUCUCCGGACCAUCACGAGCACCACCACGAGUCCCACGGGUGGGACAGGAGCGACAACAACACCGCCGCCAGUCAGAAGUCGGUGGCCGUGCAGCCAGCGCCCCAGCAGCCCGCGCCCAAACCGCCGCAACAGUCCACGUGGCAGUUUCCCAAAUAGCCUAACAUUAAGAACCCAUUGAGAUUGUUCAUUGUUGUACAUAUAGGACAGAAGCGUGAGAGUCUGAAUGUCGUGUAAACAGUCUUCUUGUGAUCAGGGAGGCGUGUCUUGUUUUCUUACUCAAGACUGU